GUCCUCUAGCUGAGUUGCAGCUUCAGUACCAGUGAGGAGGAGCGCAGAGCUGAGCGCGAGCCGCUUCAUGGUGCUGCCUGACUCCGUUCUCUCCGCGCUUUUCGCCCAGACCGACCCAAACGGAUAUUUAUCCCGGAUUUCACCGCACGAGAAGGUCCAUCCAUGUCCCUCACCGUGGGCCGGGGUUCGCUUCUGCUCUUCCUGCUGCUGUCAGCCCUGCAGGCUGGCACUGAUGGCAGAGGCACCCCGCUGUGCAGGCCGGGAUUCGCUGAAGAUGUGUACGACGCUCCGCUGCCCGAGAAACUACCGGAGGGACAGCCGCUGCUCACCGUGAGGUUCCAUGACUGUGGACGAGGUGGAAGCGUGAGGUUUGAAUGUAGCCGACCGACGGAUUUCCGGAUUGAACAGGAUGGGGAGGUGCUGUCUCUCCAGAAGCUCCAGCUGCCCUCCUCCUCCUGGACCUCCUCUCCACUACUGGUUAUAGCGAGGGAUGUCUCCACUCAGGAGAAAUGGCAGACGGAGGUCCGGAUCCAACCCUCAGGAGGCGACAAGUCUCAGGAGACCGCCGACUCCAGAGCCGUUCCCGAGAUCGUUAUUCCCUCCAGGCAGCUGGACGGAGAGCUGAAGCGCAUGAAGAGGGACUGGGUUAUUCCUCCGAUUAACGUCCCGGAGAACUCCAGAGGCCCUUUUCCGCAGGAGCUGGUCAGGAUCCGUUCGGACCAUGAUAACAAGGUGAACCUGCGCUACAGUGUGACCGGACCUGGAGCUGACCAGCCACCCACCGGCAUCUUCUCCAUCGACCCCAUCUCAGGAGAACUGAGCGUGCUCAAGCCUCUGGAUCGAGAACACAUCGCCAGCUUCCAUCUCCGGGCGCACGCAGUGGACCUGAAUGGCAAUCAGGUGGAAAACCCCAUCGACAUCGUGAUCAACGUGAUUGACAUGAAUGACAACCGACCAGAGUUUGUGCAUCAGAUUUGGAACGGAACUGUGCCGGAGGGCUCCAGGCCAGGUACGUCAGUCAUGACCGUAACGUCUGAAGAUAAGGAUGACCCUCGCACUCAGAACGGUCAGCUGCGCUACAAGAUCCUCUCUCAGAACCCCGAGAGCCCCAGCUCCAACAUGUUCACCAUCAACAACCGCACCGGCAGCAUCAUCACGGUGGCCGCUGGACUGGACCGAGAGAAAGUUCCUCAGUACACCCUGAUCAUCCAGGCCACAGAUAUGGAGGGAAACCCGAUGUACGGCCUCUCCAACACAGCCACCGCCGUCAUCAGAGUGACCGACGUCAACGACAACCCUCCAGAGUUCACCGCCGAUACCUUCUAUGGUGAGGUACCGGAGAACCGAGUGAACGUCAUCGUGACCAACCUGACCGUAACGGACAAGGACCAGCCCAACACUCCGGCCUGGAACGCCGUGUACAAGAUCACCGGCGGCGACCCGACCGGACGCUUCUCCGUCCCCACCGAUCCCACCACUAAUGAGGGGCUGGUGACCGUGGUGAAGUCAAUCGACUUUGAGACCAGUCGAUCGUUCGUGUUGACGGUGGUCGCUGUGAACGAGGUUGCGCUGGAGCGAGGAAUCCACCUGCCCCGCCAGUCCACAGCUACCGUCUCCAUCCGGGUCAUUGACGUCAACGAGAGCCCGUACUUCGACCCCAACCCCAAACUCAUCAGACUGGACGAGGGGAUGCCGGCCGAGUCUGUGCUGACCACCUACACGGCCCAGGACCCCGACCGCUUCAUGCAGCAGAGCAUGAGAUACUCUAAACUCUCAGACCCGGCCGACUGGCUGAGGAUCGACCCAAACAACGGGCGCAUCACCACCAUCGCCGUUCUGGACCGAGAGUCCCCAUAUGUUCAGAAUAACAUGUACAACGCCACCUUCCUCGCCACUGAUAACGGUGUCCCGCCGGCCAGUGGAACAGGUACUCUGCAGAUCCUGCUGCGGGACAUUAAUGAUAACGCCCCGCUGGUGUUCCCCGAGGAGGUGGAGAUGUGUGAGAAACCAGAACCCAACGGCAUCAACAUCACCGCCCUGGACGAAGACCUGAACCCCAACGCCGGACCCUUCGCCUUCGAACUGCCCUACCGGCCCCUUGACGUCAGGAGGAACUGGACCCUCACGCGCCUGAACGGUGAUCACGCUCAGCUUAGUCUGAGGAUCGGUUUUCUGGAGAGGGGUAUCUACAAAAUCCCCAUCGUCAUCACAGAUUCAGGCAACCUACCCAUGUCCAACAUGUCCUACCUGAGGCUGAAGGUGUGCCACUGCGAUCAGAACGGAGACUGCACCGAGCAUGAGCGUGCUAUAGCGGCUGGACUGGGCACGGGUGCCAUCAUCGCCAUCCUGCUCUGCAUCAUCAUCCUCCUCAUCCUGGUGCUGUUGUUUGUAAUGUGGAUGAAGAGGAGGGAUAAGGAGCGUCAGGCCAAACAGCUUCUGAUCGACCCAGAGGACGACGUCCGGGACAACAUCCUCAAAUACGACGAGGAGGGAGGAGGAGAGGAAGACCAGGAUUAUGACCUGAGUCAGCUGCAGCAGCCGGACACUCUGGAGCCGGACUCGGUGAAGCCUGUGGGGAUCAGACGGCUGGACGAGAGACCGCUGCACCCAGAGCCGCAGUACCCAGUCAGAUCAGCCGCACCGCACCCUGGAGACAUCGGAGAUUUCAUUAAUGAGGGUCUGAAGGCAGCUGAUAACGACCCCACGGCUCCGCCGUACGACUCUCUGCUGGUGUUCGACUACGAGGGCAGCGGCUCCACGGCCGGCUCGCUCAGCUCCAUCAACUCGUCCAGCAGCGGCGGAGACCAGGACUACGAUUACCUCAACGACUGGGGGCCGCGCUUCCGCAAACUCGCCGACAUGUACGGAGGCACGGACGAGUGAGGCGGGCACCGGCGGCGUUGGCAGUGGCGGCGGCGGUGGAGGCCAGCGAGGAGCGAGAGAAGAGGGAAAGAAAACACACCUGGCUUUUUCCCCUCUGUUUGACAGACGAACAACAGCUUCUGGCAACCGAUUUUCCCCCUGAGAACUGAGACUGAACGACAACGGAGAUAGCAGAAAACAAAAAAAGUGUAUUAUAAUUACAAACCAGAAAAAGUUCAAGAAAAAUCUACAAAAAAAAAAAAAAACCCUAGGCUUAAUGUUGUAGUGUAGGCAUAUAUAUAUGCUUGUUGAAGGCUUUCGGCACUGGCGGUGGACUGGUUUUCCGAGGAGGAGACUGGGAGAGUUGGAGGGGAGAUUGGUGGACUGUCACUGUUUUUGGAUUGUAUCGGUAGGCUACGAUAAAGCGCUCAGUUACACUUGAAUUUUACAGUACAGAAGCACUGGGAUUUAAUGUGCCUUUUUGUACAUUUUUUGGAUCUGAAUGAUUAGUUUUAUGUUCAAGGCUUUAAUGGUACUGACAUUUGGAGUGAUUUCAAGACAUGAGGAAGUAUGUUAAUCUCUGAUACGCUUCAUCACGCUUUCUUUUUCCUGGUUACCAACUGCUGUUUGUUGAUAACGAUAAUUUAAUUGAAUUAUGAAGAGAUGAAGAAGAAAACCGAAGGCGCCUACCUUACGUAGGACGCGCCAGUUGACGGCGUCACUGUACAGUACAUUAGAAUUUUAGACCUUUUUCCACAAAAAAAAUGAGACAAAAAAUUACUUAUGCAGCUGGUUGCAGACAAAGGGAGGUCAUAAACGAUACUUUUAUAGAAGAAUAUGUUUUAGUUUUCUUUCUGAAGUGGUGUAACAUUUUACAAAACCGACAAAAAAAAAGAAAGAAAGAAAGAAAGGCAGCAGCCGUUUCCUUUUCGUUCUCAUUCAUGUACACUUCAUUUGCCUUAGUCACCAUCUGAUGCCCUCGGUUUUUACUCUACUGUAAAAAAAAAAAAGAAAGAAAAAACAAUGUGUGUACAUAAUAAUGUUUUAUUAUUUUUAUUUCUAUUUUCUUUCUCCUUUUUCUUUGGAUGUAGUCGACAAAGAAGUGCAAACGGUUUAGAGAACUUGUAAAUGUAUAAUUUGGGCUACAAAUUUUUUUUGCAUGUUUUUAUCUUUUCACGACGACGACGACGAAAAAAAAAAAUGCGAAACUCCUUUCCAAAAUUUCUUUACGUAAACUACAUAACACUAAAAUCAGCUGAUGUGAAACAUGAACAUGUAGAGGGUACAAGAUUUUUUUUUUGUAAAAAAAUUAAUAAAUAAAUAAACAAAAAAAAAAACAAAACCAAUGUUACUCCAUAAAACGACAAAAACAACAAAAAAAGAGAGAAAAAAGUGACAUUGUCAGCACAAAUGUUUGAAUUUGUACCAAAAAGGGCGAGGGGCGGGGUUUCAAAGGGGUGGGUACUCGUUCAUCUUUGACCAUCGUAGGCACUAAUGACCGUAUGACCGUCAGCUUUAAAGCAGGGAUAGGUUUCAGACAGGCGCUUUUGUGGAUAAUCUUAUGUACUGGAAUUCAAAUGAUUCAUCUCUGACCCCAACCAUCUGAAUAAAUAUGGUAAUUUUGGAGCUAAA